GGGGUAUAAAAGGCGGGGCGAGCGGCGGCGCGGUCCUCUCUCGGCUGCGGAAGGUCCACGGUUAUGUCGGAUUUUGAGAUUAAGCAAAAGGGUCCGGAAGACGGCGCGGAAUACAGAUCCAACGAACAUGGCUCCCCUGAUGGGAUGGAACCUGAAGGUGUCAUUGAGAGUAACUGGACCGAGAUUGUUGAUAACUUUGAUGACAUGAAUCUACGUGAAAACCUCCUUCGUGGAAUCUACGCCUAUGGGUUUGAGAAGCCAUCUGCUAUCCAGCAACGCGCCAUUCUUCCCUGCAUCAGGGAGUACGAUGUCAUUGCCCAGGCUCAGUCUGGGACGGGCAAGACGGCCACGUUUGCCAUCUCCAUCUUGCAGCAGUUGGACGUGGAGCUGAAGGAGACGCAGGCACUGGUCCUGGCCCCCACCCGCGAGCUCGCUCUGCAGAUUCAGAAGGUGAUCGUGGCUUUGGGAGACUACAUGGGUGGAACCUGCUCCUCCUGUAUCGGCGGCACCAGCAUCAGGAACGACAUGCAGAAGUUCCAGCUGGAGGCCCCCCACAUUGUUGUCGGGACCCCAGGCCGAGUGUUUGAUAUGAUGAACCGUCAGCUUCUUUCCACGCGGUACAUCAAGAUGUUUGUUUUGGAUGAAGCGGAUGAAAUGCUGAGUCGGGGAUUCAAGGACCAGAUCUAUGAGAUAUUCCAGAAGCUGAACACUUCCAUUCAGGUGGUGCUGCUGUCGGCCACCAUGCCGUCUGACGUCCUGGAGGUGACGAAGAAGUUCAUGCGAGAACCCAUCCGUAUCCUGGUGAAGAAGGAGGAGCUGACGCUGGAGGGGAUCCGGCAGUUCUACAUCAACGUGGAGCGAGAGGAGUGGAAACUGGACACGUUGUGCGAUCUGUACGAGACUCUGACCAUCACUCAGGCUGUGAUCUUCAUCAACACCAGGAGAAAGGUGGAUUGGCUGACUGAGAAGAUGCUGGCCAGAGACUUCACCGUUUCUGCAUUGCACGGAGACAUGGAGCAGAAGGAGAGGGAUCUGAUUAUGCGGGAGUUCCGUUCCGGAUCCAGCCGUGUUCUCAUUACCACUGACUUGCUGGCCCGCGGGAUUGAUGUGCAGCAGGUCUCCCUGGUCAUCAACUACGAUCUGCCUUCCAACCGCGAGAACUAUAUUCACAGAAUCGGUCGCGGCGGGCGUUUUGGGCGCAAGGGCGUGGCCAUCAACCUGAUUACAGAGGAGGACCGGAGGACCCUGCGUGAUAUCGAGUCGUUCUACAACACUACAGUGGAUGAGAUGCCAAUGAACGUGGCUGACCUGAUCUAAAGUUGGUUGUUGAGAAGCUGUUGUGAAUCCUGCAAUCCCAGAUUCUCUUUAAAACUUUUCACCUGGAUGCUCAGAACUGAUCAUUGUGUCCAACACUGUUGGUGGUCAGCUUGCUUUUGGAGGCAUUCCUUGUUGUUCCUCCUGGAAAGGUUCAGACUGGUAAAAGGGGUGGGGUAAAAGACAAAAUACGUAUGGGGUCAUUAAAAAAUCUGGGUAAGUACCUUUACAGGCCCAGUCUUAUCUUAGAUGUAGUAGUGUUAGAUAUUCUUCAUCAUGUAACCAUGUACUUGCGGGCACGGAAGUAUCACCGCUGUUUGAAGUCGGCCAACUUCGUGAAGCCAGCUUACUUCAGGAUAAUGUUUGAAGGAUUUGAAGUGCAGUGUGGGAUAGCAUUCUGGGUGUGUAUGCUAAUCACGGACACAGACAGUGUACAAAUCUUGCAUUCUGUAUAGUAUUUAUUAAAUGGCGUUCAAUAAAUUUGUAUUUGUUUAUGUGCGUUGUUCUGGGAAUCUUCGAUGGUCUCGAUCACCCCCCUCCCUCCCAUGUGCUGUCUGUGCAGGACAAGGGUGGGUUUUUAGUGUAACGGGCCCUAUUCGCCAAUGCUUUCUCCCUCCCCCCCCAUUCCCGGAUUUCCAUACGGGAAUGGAGUUACAGUUGCUUGUGCGCAGAGCACCAGCAGUGCCUGUUGCCACAGCAGUAAGCCUUGUGGACGCCAAAUUGCAUAGUGUAUCAGGCCAGCCUGUGGCCAUCUCGCCCGCCCGCCCAGCCCUCUAGUUUAAAUUGGUCUUUUGUGCACUGCAGCAGCGCUGUUGAGCUCGGCUUGUGUGUGGCUGCAGAAUAGUCUCCCCAUGUCUUCUGUGGAUGUUGCACUUUAUAAAUCCAUGUACUAUCGAACAUUAAACUUGGUAAACACCCA